UCAGCUCGAGAACUCGUCCAGUCAGAUUGCUGCUUCGCAUACAUUUAUUAUCUUAUCAACGGUGGGUAAACGAAAAGUAGUUCUGAAUUGGACGUCGUCGUAUAUAUAAGCUGAUGUUGCUCUUCCGAGCGGAACAUCAAUCGUUAAGUGUUAUUUAGCAGUUGUAUUAUUUUGAUAUUAAUUUUUAUUAAAAUGGAGCUCUAUAUUACCCCCUUCUCCCCACCGUGCUGGUCUGUUUUGCUACUUGGCCGCCAGUUGAAUUUGAAAAUCAAUACGAAAUCAUUGGACCUCGAUAAGGAAGAACAUCUGAAAGAGGAUUUUAUCAAGAUCAAUCCGGAACACACGGUUCCCACCUUGGUGGAUGGCGAUUUAAUUCUCAGUGAAUCGCGUGCGAUUCUGUCCUACCUGAUGGAUGCCUACGCGAAAGAGAAUCACCCGCUCUAUCCGCGAGCCGCGAAAGCCCGAGCCUUGAUCCAGCACAGGCUGAACUUUGACCUGGGUACUCUGUACAGUCGCUUUUUCGUUUACUGUUCGCCGAUGUGGAACGAUAAGGCGACCUCAACUGAAGCCCAACGGGACAGACUGUGCGAGGCGCUGGGAUUCCUCGAGACGUACCUUAGUAGAAGCCGUUACGCUGUCGGAGAUCAUCUAACCAUUGCAGAUUUUUCUUUGGUGGCCAGUGUUUCAGCUAUCGAUGUUUGCUAUGUGAAGUUGGAAAAGUACCCGAAAGUGGUGGCGUGGUAUGAGCGUUGUAAGAAGGAGCUGCUGGGUUACAGGAAAUUGUGGCUGGUGAAUUCGAGGGCUUCCGGAAGUUUUUGAACGUUCCUAAAAAAUCCGUUUAAUUAAAGUUUAAACAUAUUAUUAGGACUAUUCUAUAUAAAAAUGAUUGAAUAAAAAUUAAAGUCGGUCAAAAAACGAAAA